CACAGACACCAGCUAGACAGAAAGACACACCGCACACAUCUCCCCCGCUGCCCUUUGGGCUCUCUGCACUGCAACACAAAAGUGGCAGCUGCUGUUUAUCAGGCAAACGCAGCUGGACAGACACAAGGCCUUACACACUUCACACACACAUCAGAGUCAGACCAGAAGAACCUAUCGCUUGUACGGCCGCAUGAUCUCUCUGAUCUUCGGCUUGUCAUAUUUCACCGUAUAGUCCCACGGCGUCUGCCCCUGUUGUGAUGAGAUGAGAUGAGCACACCACUCGACCCAUCGAUGGUGUGAAUGUCUGUGUGUACUCACGUCAUUGUUUUUGAUGUCCAGCAGAGCACCGCCGCCCCACUCGAGCCUUUGAGAAUGACACACACAGGGAGAGAGAGAGAGAGUGUGUGGAUGAGAUGUUCGCGUCAGUCAGUCAUCUGUGUCCCUUACAGCUGAGACACAGCCGCAGAUUUGCCACAGCCUGCAGCCCUAUGGAGUGCCGUGUCUCCAAGCUGUGUGUGUCAUGCACACAAAGGAAAGGCAAUCAAUCAGAUGAGAGAAGACUGUGUGGUCUCACCUUGUUGGUCUGUGUGAGCAGUUUUUCCCCUCCUUCGGCAUACAUUGGCUCCAACACAUCGACAUGACCAUUUCCAGCAGCCAUUAUGAAUGGCGUGUUGCCACGCUGCAAUCAACACACACGCACAGACACACACUGAGGCGUCGGAUACAUGUGUGUGCUCUCUUACCUUGCCGCGUGCGUCGAUCAGUUUGGGAUCCCACGACAGCAGCUGAUUGACCGCGGCAAGACGGCCAUACUCAGCAGCCCAAUGCAGGGCAUUCUCACCAUACUGCAUACCAUCACAGCAACACACAUCUCCUCCUCAUCAUGACCAGUAGCAGCACACAAGAUGGUUUGUCUGUGUCGGUACCUCGUCUGUUUGCUUCAGUACGUCCGGUUUUCUCUCAUGGAUGACUUUCAUGACGCCCACGUGACCCUCCUCUGCAGCCAACAGGAAGGGUGUCCUCUGCAGGAAUGAGAGCACACAGACAGACCACUGAGGGCAUUCCUUUCAUUUUGACCACUGCGUACCGCCGCGUAUCCGUAUCGUUUGUCGAGUAUGUCCUUGCCCUCCUUUGCGAUGAGCAAACGAACCGACUCCUCAUCGUUGUCCCUGACCGCUUUGAAGAUGUCAUUCUGACACACACCCAGCACAAGAACAGCGGCCCAUUGACAAAUGGGGUUCAGCUGGUGUCUUCCUGACGUGUUUGAUCUGCGGCUGUGGGGCGCUCGGCGGUGUCUUCACUACCCGAAGCUGGCUUAAGAGUCCUGCACGACACACACAGAGCCACAGCAAUAUAUUUAUUAUUAUUUCACGACACACAGAGCAUGGAUUGCUGUCGCUCUCUCUCUGUCUGUGUGUGUGUGUGUGUGUGUGUCCCCGCAGACCUCUGUGCUGUGAGGGCGGCUGAGAGGUCUUGGCCAGACUGCUUGUCGGCCCCGUUGUGGUGCUGACAGUGCUCAUGUGGACACCCGACGAAUGGCCGACGGGAGACACACUUGUUCUUGGCGAGGCAGCCGCUGCAGACCACAACGAGAGACACAAUGACGAACACUUCUUAUGUCCGACUCGAGAAGGUGUGAAGAUGGACUUUGUCGCUUUGAGCUUCCAAACAGCCACCUCAGCGGGCCCUUGUGCGAUGGCUCAGCAGCCAUGUUCUCCUUUGCCGUGUCCGUGUCCCUGUCUGGUUGGGGAGGGGAGGGAGUCGGAAGAGGCGAGAUCUUCAACUUGUCGAGGACCUGCCAUCAAGACGCAUCAAGUGUAUGAGCCUUCCUUCCCUUUGUGUGGAUGUGACUUGUCGGGCUGUGGGACGACUGGCCGCCUUAAAGGCAAAACAACUCUGAUAGACGCAAAGAGGGGAAAGGAGGUAGUGAAGGAGAGAGAGAAAAGUAACACAUAUCGUCGGUUGGUCUGCCUUGAUGGCGUCCUUGAUGUGCGGCGGCAGAGAUGCCGGGAUGGCGGGGAUCUGACAUGAAAGGCGACACGUGGUAACAGCAGAGCCAUAGCAGUCUGAUGACAUUGUACCUCUUUCAUGUUGACGACUUUGUGGCUGAUCUGCGGGGGCCCUUUGCCCUCAAACGGCCGCCGACCUGCACCCAAAGUCGGUCGUGGCGCUUUGUUGUUGGGGUAUGUUACAGAGGAUCUGCUGCUGACCUCCGUGAAUCUCCCCCAGUACUGAAGACGCCAACACACACACAGAUGGACAAGAGAGAGACGAUGAAGAAAUAGUUGUGGGAUGGCUUACUGCCGCCCAAAGCCCAUAUGUCCGCCUUGACGGUCAGCUUGUCCACUGAAAGACACAACCACAAGGGCCCCCAGUAACAUCGACUCGCUUUGCUUACAGUCUGUGUCGAAGCCCUCGGGCGGCAUAUAGUUUGCGGUCCCGCCGAUAAAGGUAAGUGUUGUAUUCCUCUGAGCGCCGCGAAUCAUCCCAAAGUCGGAUAUUUUCAGAGUAAGGCGUUCACCCAACUGACAGACAAACAAGUGGGAGAACGACAAGAGCUCUGCAACUCUAUGAAAGAGAGGCUCUCUGUCGUGGCCGACCAGAAUGUUCUCCGGUUUCAGAUCUCUGUGGACGAUGCCCUGAUCAUGCAAGUACUGCAGACCCUCACAGAUCUGUGACCAACACACACACAGAUGAUGAAAGACACAAGAGACCUCUGUGAUGCCAUGUUCCUUUCGACCUGUUUGGCGAACCUGUCUCGCACGUCGGGCGGCAGCGGCCCGUGUUUGGCCAAAUAGUCCGCCAGGGAGCCGCCCUCACACAACUCUGACGAGAAUGAGAAGAGGAGACAUCAGAGGGGACAAGGCCGAUGGACGAGAGGAAGAAUAGACUGACUACCUAGGACAAUCAUGAGUCCGUGUUUGUCGUCUCGGCAGACGCCCAGCAGCUGCACUAUGUUGGGGUGUCGGAGCUGAGCCAUCGGGAAUGCCUCCUUGAGCACUUCCAUGAACUGCGACUGCACACAAACAAACCGAUCCAGCAACAAAGAGGGGGAGGCGUGUUCUUGAGGCUCUCGCUUGCUGGGCACCGCUUGGUCGAGCUCUUCAUUUGCUUUGUAGAUUUUGACGGCCACGGGCCGCCCUCGCAGCUCCCCUCGACGGACAACCCCGAACCCACCACUCCCUGAGGAACGGGAUGACAGACAAACACACCCAUCGGUGCAGCCAAUUCGCCGGGUGGGAGAGUGGUGCUGACCGAGCUCCUUGUCGCUCACAGUGAGGUCCUUGGGGUCGAUCACCAGAUCGACCAUUUGAACAAGAGGAGAGGGGGGGAGGGAGAUUGCGGGUUCUAAGCUCGCGCCCCCUCCCCCUUUCCGGCCGGAAGGGACCUUCGGAAGAGAAAUU